UGAGGGGGAAAGCACAGGCAAGCAGAAAUAAUGGGCGAGCUUUUUCUAGGUGACAUAGCACUAUCUGGCAGAGCUGGUUUUUCAGGUACAUCGAAGACCAAGCUGGAGCUAUGGCGCCGCAGGUUAUGGCGCCGCAGGUCUGGGAUGAUUGGGAUUAUCGGAACAGGCUGAGCUUUGGUCAAAGAUUUUCCAGGCGAAAACAAAUCAAUGCGAACGGCAAUACAGAAAAGACAAAGGGACGACUGCGAGACAAUAUAAUCGGGAAGCGGACAGACAAUAGUGCACGCUCUGUGAUCGAGCCUGAUCCCUGCCUUAAAAUUUGUGAGGUUGGACUUCCGAAGCGAUUCAUUUACCAAACAUGGAAGAAGGCGCUAAAGGUCAACGAAGUUGUAACUGAUAAGAAUGAGCGGUUGUUGAACUCGGUUAUGGAUGAGUGGGAGAGAGAGAACUUGAGGCUAGCCCAGAAAGAUGAGUAUGGAGGUGAAGCAUUACUAGCCACAAAGUUGAACCAGAUGCGAAGGUCGAGGGAUGGAAGUACAAGCAGCAGUGUGGAAGAUUGCGAGCGGCAGGCGAGGAGGGAGCUCAGAAGUUAUGAUCAGCGUCCACAGUCUGGAAACCUUUUCCGGAGACCAUUGAGGGAGAAUGAUUAUGUGGUUCUGAAUCGACAGCCAUCCCUGCAUCAACAUUCGAUGAUGGCACUCAAGGUAAAGUUGCAUGAUGGCAAGGCAAUCAAAAUCAAUCCAGUUGUGGUUAAGCCAUUCAAUGCAGAUUUUGAUGGAGACGAAAUGAGUGUGUUUGUCCCUGGUCGUUUGGAGUCUCAGGCAGAAGCCCGUGAGCUCAUAGCUGUCGAUAAACAAGUUCUCUCUGUGCAAAAUGGAUGCAUCACUGUGAGUUUGAACCAGGAUACUCUUUUGGCGGCUUACAAGUUGACCAGUACUUUUGUUUUUUUCAAAAGAGAGGAUAUUUCCCAGUUCUUGCCACUGCUUGAUGUUGACAGUGAUUGUAAUGGUUGGUGGGAAUCUUCCCAGAAGAGUGGGAAGGUCACCCCCAGCAGAAUCACAAGCGCUGUGCACAGGGGCAUACCACCUCCUGCGAUCAUCAAGUGUGGCCCAGUGAACGGCAUAUAUGGCAGUGGCGAAUCAUCAUCGCAUGAGUCAGCAAAAGCAGAUUUCGCAGGUAAGAUCAUCAGGACUCCGUUGUGGACGGGCCAGCAGGUUUUUGGGAUGUCCUUGCCCAGAUGGCUUAGAUACGAAUGUGAGAAGGAAAGUGUCUUGGUACAUGAGGGCGAGCUCCUGACGAGGGUCGAGGGGAUGAAAUGGUUAGGAUCUACAGAGAGAAGCUUGCUAAGAGCCAUCUGGGAUCAGAAAGGAUUGGCAAGCUCUGGGAUAGGUUGCCAAGGAAAGCUUGUACUCAAGCAUCUCGACUUGCUGCAGUCAUUUGGACACGAGUACCUGAUGCAAGCCGGUUUCAGUGUCGGGUUGGGCGACUUUUUGAUAGAAGACGGUCAGGGGGAGUUCCAGCGAAAGAAAGCAGACCUCAUCAGGGAUGCGAAGGAAGAAGCAAUUAAUGAGUGGUUACUGGCGACAGUCUCGCCAAUGGGACAUGUCCAAGAUUGGUGCAGACGGAAGUCCAAGGAAGGUGGCGACGGCAAAGAUGAUCGGACCGUGAUUCUGAAGGGUAUAGAAGUCAAUGAGGAAUGCUGGAACACUUUCAAAUCAUUGCGUGGGUUGCAGAGUCUCAGAAAGCGACCUCAGCUCUUCACAAGGGUUACCGCUCCACUGAUGAGAGUUACAGAGAAGGUGGGGAAGGAGUUGGAGCUGCAUGUGCGAAGAGAGAAUUCAAUCAUGCAAAUGAUUCGGGCAAGAUCAAAAGGUUCAAUGACGAAUUUUGUUAAGCAGUCCGCAUGUGUAGGAAUGCAUCUGGGGUGGAAUGGUGGGGUCUUUCCUGGACAAAUUGGUGGACGUACUCUUCCUCACUUCAACAGUGAUCCCGGUGGACCAAAUCUACCGCCCUCCACAAAUGAAACAAUAGCAGCAAGCUGCUGGGAAGAGAAUGGAUUAGUGGUAUCUUCCCUUGUAGAUGGGCUUAGCCCAUCAGAGUUCUUCAUGCAUGCCAUGGGGGAACGUACUGGGCUUGUGCAGAAGUAUGUGGGGCUGGGUGAUCCAGCGUUCCAAGCAAGGCGGCUUGCACGGAGCAUGGAAGACCUCAUUCUGGCCUAUGAUGGCACUGUGCGAUUUGGUCAGGUCAUCGUGCAGUUCAAGUACGGGGGCCUGGACUGGGGUGUGACCCAGGCAACGAAAGAUGGGUCUUCAAGUCAAGUAAUUCAACCUGGCGAGGCAGUGGGCAUUCUUGCCACCCAAGCGCUUUCUGAACCUGCCAGCCAGCUUAUUCUUGAUGCACCACAUCAUGGGGGAAUCAACGAGUCCUUUCGGGAUCAACUAGCGGAGGACUCACCCAGUGAAUCCACGACAAACGGGACCGGAAGACAGAAGCAGAAUAUGAUAGGACUCGCAAGCGCUCUUUCCGCCGAGUGGGGCGAGGGAUGUAGCAAGCGCAGUGAUCAAACGCCCAGCACAAAGGAAGGGGAUGCAAAGGGAACAAAGGGGAACACACCAGCGGGAAUGGAGGAAGAUCACUCCCAGCAAUCAAGCUCUGAGGACAACAUGGACUGCUCACAAACAGAGGCAGAUAGGGGUACCAAGAGAGCACGAUCGGAAAGCGGUUUAGACGGAUCAGACACAGAUGAACUGAACAAGGAUGAGGAUGAGGAGGGGGGGAACGACACGGACAUGGAAGACGAGAAUGACAAUCAGGAUACCGAUUCAGACUCCCGGGACUACGUACAACAGUACGUGUUUUCCUUGGAACUGAACAGAUAUGUGGAACUGGAAAUGUUGGUCGAUCGUCCAGCCCUGAAGGAGUUUGAACCAGCUCUUCUUGCAGAUUAUGACCGAAUGCUCAGUCGCAGGGCGGCUAGUGAAGGAAGGAAGAAGCAGAAGACACACAAAUAUGGAAUGCCUGAGGAUGGUGGCAAGCUCACAGAGCAGGACAGCCAGGAGCAAGGAAGCAAAGAGCCGAAGACUAGAUGGGCCGAUAUGGCGAAGAAUGCAGGCAUUGACCACGCUCGUCGCAAUCGCACCAAUGAAGAUGCGGAGAAGCAUCGACUGGAGAGGCAAGUUGACGCGCUGCGCCAAGAAUAUGAGCUUAUCAGGAAGCAUAUGGAGGAGCUUACCCGAUCAAUCGGUCAGGUCGGCCUCAAGCGUACAGGUGCGAAUGUGUGUAUCACCAGCCCCCCCGAAGCGCCUGCCAGGGGCAGAGCGCGAACGAUGGGUAUGGCUACACCAUCGGCGCAGGACUUUCAGAAGCUCCUCAAGGCCCUCAAUAACACCAAAGAGGAGAAGCGUUUGGCCGAGCUGGAAGUCCAAGCGCUGCGAGAGAGAUUUGAAAAGGCGGUCAAUAAACUGGUGCGACAAGGACGCACACCUCGAUCCAAUCUUACCAAGCGCAUGAACGAGGCCACCGAAGACRACGACCAUGAUAAUCCGGGACGACCUGAGGAAGGAUUAGACGAUCUGACGCUGCGCCCGUCUCCUCCCAAGCGAACUUCAGGACGCCUGGCGGUGAAAGCGGUCGUUGCUGAGCGAGCAGAAUUCGUCAAAGAAACAAAGAAGUACYUCAAGCGGCUGAAGAAGCAUGGACUACARAUUCUAUGCGGGWAGGAAGGCAUUACCUUUGUAACCUGUGAACAAGCCAUCAACGAGAUUGYCGAGCUUCGUGCGUCCCUGGCUUUUGACUUUCGAAGGCCUGCCCGGGGAAACAAGGAUUCUCGUUCUGCUCCGGACYCSGAUGCUGAAGAUACGCACGAAGAAGCAGAUCUUGCACYUGAUCUGGAGGGAACACAGCAAGUCGACAUCGAAGAUGAGGAGCCCAUCAGGGAAUCAUAGGGGGGCUGCCCAAGCGAUCGGGCUCUSUGGAGCCUAGUAAGAUUAUGUCUGCCUCUCCGGGUGGGCAAAGGUGGACUGACUAACCCGRAYAUUGAUUACCUCUAUCGUUUGCUUGUGAUCRCGCUGAUUGUUAGACGACAGCUGCCCUGGGGYUCAAAAUUCUCWGAGUAUCUCGGUCACCUGCUUUUCUCCUCCUACGAUUUUCGUACUUCCCCUGGUCCGGUAGUCUACUGUUUAGUCUCUCCUUUCGUCAARCACUGUUACGUAGGUUGCACUACUAGAUCACURAAGAUUCUCAAUGAAUGUGUUCAGAUAAG